AUGUCGUUGGUAAUCGAACGUGCCCGGAGUGCUGCAAACGCACUGGUUGUCGUCGGUGGCAUAAGUGUUAUGAACGGCUUCCUGGCUGGCUGCAUUCAAGCCGAAAAGUCUUACACCAUGCAACACUACACCAAUACGCACUGGAUUACGACCGUGUCAAUAUUCGCGGCUCUGUCGGCCACAUUCCUGCGUUCAUUCACCACUCUGUCGCAUUCGUUGAUUCUGAUGAUCACAACGAAUCUGUUUGCGAUCACCGUGGCAGCUGCAGCGGCCAUCGCUGAUGCCUUCAAUGUGCUCAUCGUUCUGAGAGAUUUUCAAGCGAUUUUAGCCAAUGUCUACUUCUCAAAGAUACAAGUUUACGGUAUGAUUGGCUACAGUAUGCUUGAUUUCUUGUUGUGUUGCAUUACGGUAGUGUUGAUAGCAACGAUCCUGGGUGCGUGCAUCGGCGGCAUUAUUGAGACGAGAAUCCAACUGCGUUCAUCGUGGAUGCUUUCACUGGGCAUUUCACUGAUCGUUGUUUCGGUGCUGAAACUAUUCGCAUGGCUAUACGAAUUGCACUGGAUUCGCAAAUUUGGUGACCUGAUACGGUAA